GGUACACGCAGUAGUUAGCUUAUUCCUCAAGAAAAUGUAUCAACCACCGGACUGGUCAAAUUCCGGGGAUCAAGCAAGAAUAAUACUAUACAAUAUAUAUAAAAUACAAAAUUCCCAGAUCAAAAGAAUUUUACUUUUUAGUGUUAAAAUUAUAAUAGAGUAGACAAAAUCCAAAGUGAUGGUCCUUCCAUUAUUGAAGUUAGGGACACUUGCUUUGAGAACUUUGAGUAAACCCAUUGCUGCUAGGCUUAAGAAAGAAGCUGGGUUGCAUCCCAAAUUCCGUAAUUUCAUCAUCAGCAUCGCCCAGGCGAAUCACCGGAUAACAACAACCAUGCAAAGACGGAUAUAUGGCCAUGCAACUGAUGUUGGAAUACGACCUUUGAAUGAAGAGAAAGCGGUUCAAGCCGCUGUUGAUCUUCUGGGGGAACUAUUUGUUUUCUCGGUCGCAGGUGCUAUUGUUGUAUUUGAGGUGCAAAGGAAUUCUCGGUCAGAGGCUAAGAAGGAGGAACUUCGUAGGCAAGAAAUGGAGAAAUUGAGACUACGAGAUGAAGCAUUGGAAAAGGAGAUUAAGGGCCUUCAAAGCAAAAUUCAAGAGCUGGAACAGCUAGCUAGGGGAAAGGGACUUGCUGGUAUGUUCAAUUUCAGAAUUCCUCAUAUUGGAGAAGGCAAGUCAGCAACACCAGCAUGAUUUGUUUGCUCAGUUUUGGCUACAUAGGAAUCAUUUUUUUUCUUUGCAUUCUUUUGAUCCAAGUCCUAUUUGGCUCAUUUUUUUAAAAGCUCGGUCUAAGCUUCUAUCCGCUCACUGUAAAUAAAGUUGAAUCUUGAAUUAGCCGUUGUUUAUGAAAGUUUUUGAAUGCUAAAUUUGGUGAAAUUAGCCUAAAUUUUGUUGUGCCACCUUCAUUUUGUGCCAUGUUCUUCUUAGUUUACAUUCAUGCACCCAACCUGAUAGAAAAGUUGAUGUCUGUGACAACAUACGCUUAAGAAACUUAUCAUCUUCAACUAGCAUCUGAUGUUGAUGCUAGUUAAAAGUAAGUCUAGAUGCCCCCUUAUCUGCAGAAAUCAUUAUUGAUAGCAGAUAUCAGUAGUGAUCAAGAAUUUGACUAUCAUGGAAUCUUGAAGAUGAUAAUGGGGGUGUACCCUUUAUGCCUUUCUUCCCUUGUUCUUUCCCUUUUUAUUAUUCACACACACAACAAAAGCCCUUUCUGCUGAAUGGAUCUGGAUGCUGCUCAUAAAGGCUGAAAAAAAGAGGCCAAUCUCUCAUUAACACAUCAUCACAAAGAGUCAUAUUCUUCAUUUUGGUUCUUGAUGAAAAGUGUCAAUGGGAAUCACUUUUUCCUUUUUUUUUGU